ACAAACAGCCGCCGUCCACCCGUGAACCAGCCGCAGGAUCCGGACCCGGACUCCGGACGCAUCCAUGCCUCCGGGCUGCUCGGCGCACAUCGGCCUGGGCUCUUUCUCCUCCUCGGGCCUCCUCCGCUGAGAUAAUGCCAGGAUGUCGGAGCGGAGAUGCGGGGACCACGGAGGGCUGAUGGAUGCUGCAGCGGCGGCCGCUUCGUCGGAGGAAGCGGAGGAUUUGUCUCUGGAGGAGAUCCUGACGCUUUACAACCAGCCCAUCAAUGAGGAGCAGGCGUGGGCCGUGUGCUUCCAGAGCUGCAGGACCAUGGCGAGGGGCCACCGGGCCAGGAGGGGCUCCGCCGGGGCCGGAGCAUCCUCAGCGGCUGCGAGGAGGAUAACCGGACCCGGGGAUGUGAGGAUCCAGAAGGACGGGUCUGUGAGGGUGCAGCACCAGGAACCACAAGGUAAAUACAGCCCUUGUACAACGACAGAGGUCAUUGAGUCUCUGGGCAUCAUGAUCUACAAAGCUCUGGACUUUGGUCUGAAGGAGAAUGAGGAGAGGGAGCUCAGUCCUCCUCUGGAGCAGCUCAUCGACCUCAUGACCAACAUGGCCGAGACAGAGAACGACGCCUGCCCCGACGAAGGCUACGAGGCCACAGAGGAAGACGAGGAGGCAGAGGACAACCCCGACGGCGUCUCUGGUGUCCAUGGUUACAGAGACAUCCUCAAGCUGUGCACAGCUCAUCUGCCCAGUAUGUCUGACGCCCCCAGUCACUACCAGGCGGUGUGUCGGGCUCUGUACACCGAAACCAGGGAGCUGCGCACUUUCCUGGAGAAGAUCAAGAGCGCCAAAGAGAAUCUCCGUAAGAUGGAGGAGGAUUCAUCAGAGGAGCCCGGCAGAGAACUGAAUGAACUACAAAACGCUGACUGGGCUCGAUGCUGGGUCCAGGUGAUGAGGAACUUGCGAGAAGGAGUCAAGCUGAAGAAGGUGCAGGAGCGUCAGUACAACCCUCUGCCCAUCGAGUACCAGCUCACUCCCUAUGAGAUGCUCAUGGAUGAUAUCCGCUCCAAACGCUACAAACUACGCAAAGUCAUGGUGAAUGGAGACAUCCCCCCCAGGUUAAAGAAGAGCGCUCAUGAAGUCAUCCUGGAGUUCAUCAGGUCCAGACCUCCUCUGAACCCUGUCUCUGCCCGUAAGCUGAAACCUCAGGCUCAGGCUCCUCCCACCUUGCAUGAGCGCAUCCUGGAGGAAAUCAAAGCGGAGAGGAAGCUGCGGCCUGUGUCCCCGGAUGAGGUCCGCAGGGGGAGGCUGGGUUUUGGCAAAACUCGCAGUAUGCCACAGGAUUUGUUCCGUACAGGAUUAGAUGAAUUCAGCCCUUACAUGGGCAGGAGGACGUCCAGCUCUCUGUCUUUGACCAACGGGUCGGCCUCUCCCAGGAUCGAACCCUCCGGAUCUCAGUCUGUUCCCCAGAGGAAGAGGCUGCUGAAGGCUCCGAGCCUCGCUGAGCUGGACAGCUCCGACUCUGAUGAUGAAAUAGUUGGGCGGACAUCGGCCAGCAGCUCCAGUGUAGCUACAUCUAUGAUGGACGAUACAUCCCCGGAGGCUGCAAUCGGGAAGAAAACUCCUCCCAUGUUUCUGCCCAUCUCCUCAACACCUCAACCAGAGAGACGCAAGACCCCCCAGAGGAGACACUCCAUCGAAAAGGAAACACCGACUAAUGUCCGACAGUUUCAGCCUCCUUCCAGACAGAGCUCCAAGUCUCUGGAGGAGUUCUGUUUCCCUGUGGAGUGUCUUUCUCUGACCGUGGAGGAGGUGAUGCACAUCAGACAGGUGCUGGUCAAGGCCGAGCUGGAAAAGUUUCAGCAGUACAAAGAAGUCUACAAUGCCAUGAAGAAGGGAAAGCUUUGCUUCUGUUGUCGAACCAAGAGGUUUUCCUUUUUCACCUGGUCCUACAUCUGCCAGUUUUGCAAAAAGCCUGUGUGCUCACAGUGCUGCAAAAAGAUGCGGCUUCCAUCCAAACCCUACUCCAGUCUGCCCAUCUACUCCAUCGGCUCCACCAACACUCUGCCCAGGGAGAGGCUGACCGCCAUGGCCUCUGUCGGACAGGAAUUCUCUGUGGCGGCACCUUCAGCCGUGGGAGAAGCCUCUGCAGCCCCAGCUUUGAAAGCAGCAACAAAAGCAGCACCCAAAGCAGCUGGAAAAGCUUCUGCAUCAGCGGCUGUUAAAUCAGAGAAAUCCUCCUCUAGCCCCCAGCGCCACAGUCUGCAGAAGACCAUGUCCAAGUUUUCCAAGCACGGCUCUCUAAAAUCCCAUGAAGAACUGGAGCUUCCCUCGGAGCUGACAGAGGACUGGGCCUCCAUGGAGGUGUGUGUGGACUGCAAGAAGUUCAUCUCUGACAUUAUCGCCUCAAGCAAGCACAGCCUGUCACUGGCCACCAAGAGGGCUCGCUUAAAACGCAAGACCCAGUCCUUCUACUUAUCAUCUCCGAAAGGGAGGGAGGAUUACCGGCCCUCUGAACGAACAAUCAAUGAAAUCUAAAACUCUUCUCUUUGUCUCUACGGCUGCUUCCAGCCCCGAUGGCACAAUUAUAAAGACACUGGAUAUGAUCUCACUGUACAUGCAUAUAUCAGUCAGAUAAAGCUAUCAGAGCGGCUGAUACGAGCCCUGGAGUGUGUUAUUGUUGCUAUGUCUUCAUCAUCGUGUGCAGCUCCUCCAGACAAUAGCGUACUGUAGAUCUGCCUUCUUUUAUAAGUGUAUCAUAGAUGAUCCUUUAAUUUCUGGUCACAGACGUUUGACCAAUGUGAAGAGGACGAAUGCCUCCGAGUGGAAGGACUUCCCUCCCCUGUGAUGGCACAACAGUGUGAACCACCAACUCACAUUAAAUCUAAAAAGCACAAGACGGAAGGAGGAUUUGUGUUUGGCUUCCUCAGAGACACAUGAACUGCAGAGAUCUGGUUGUGAACUGAAGAGUGAGGACAUAUGGAAAUCAAACUGUACAUUUUAUAUGGGUUUCGUUUAGUUUUUUACAUGUGUGUGAACGGUAAAUGAUUGUUCGAUGAAGAGUCGCCCUCUGUUUUUAAUUUGUGCUGAAGAUGUUUAAUCAGACUUUCCCUCUGGAUCAUCUCAAUGGAGCAUACGUUACCUGUAAGCAUGUUUUUAAUGAGGAACCGUGCACAGGAAAGGUCACAGUACCCACGUCUUGUUACAGAUCUGUUUGUGUGCCAAAUAACCUGUUUCUCCCCCGUAUGUGACCCAAAGAAAAGAAGUUUCCCUGGUUCUUAAAACAGUGAUGCAGCAAUCUGGCUUGACCCCUGCUUGUUAAAGCACAUUGCAUUCAUAAUUUUUACAUGACUCACUGAAGCAGGGAUAGAGACAUCGUUGCCUGCAGCAUCAUGUGCAGGUCUGACAUUAUUGUCUUUUAAUAAGUUACAUGAAAUACUUUCAUAUUUUUACAUUACUUACACAUAUUUCUGAGUUGAUAAGUUGUGAUAUAGUAAAUAUAUGUAAAUUCUUUGCUUUUAUUUCGAGAUACUACAAAAAACUAAGCAAUUAGUAUCAUAUUAAAUGAAUUUUUUGCAUUAUCUUAACUUCCAUGAACGCAUCAUUCUGACAAACGUAGAGUUUGUGAAAUUCAGUUCACUGUACAGGCAGCACAGAUGACAAUACUCUGUCCUGCUGUUCAGCCAUUAUAUAAUGCCUUUAUGAUUUUACUCCAUUAUUCAUUCUAAUUAACAGGAAGAAACACCUGGAUGUCUUUUUAUUUUUUGUUCAUUUCAUUCCUUAUCUUCCCCCUUAAUGGAUUUCUGCCUUAAACAUUGCCUUUUAUGAUUAGUUGAACAGUCAUCUACAGUUACUGUACAUACUUUGUUUGUAGAUCAGGUCUGUGUUGCCUCGAUGAUACUAUGACAGCAAGACUACUGUAGGUCUGUGUCGCUGGCAGGUAAAACUAUUCCAGUACAGGUGUUGGUACCGGAGUGAAGGGGAGAAGCGGGAAGACGAAACCUCACAGUGUGACAGCAUCAUCGUGCAUGUACUAAGGUGUAGCUUGUUACGUUCAGUCUGUAUUACCUUCAAACUGUAAUUUCCUGCAGAGUGCAACAAAUGAUGACUACAACAAUAAACUGUAAUGCAAUGCGUGA